GCCAGGCGUGACUGCAGUGGACUGCAGCAAAGCUACCGGCAGUUGUGUCGCCGGAGUUCGAGAGUCGUGUACGCAAUAUUGAAACCUCUACAAGCUUGCUGGCUGGCUCAGAGGAUGAAAUACCUCGUAUUUUUGCUGUGGGUGAUAAGUUGUUCGCAGUGUUUUAGCGAAGCUUCGAAGAUCCUGGCUAUAAUGCCGCUCCACGCCAAGAGUCAUUACGUUCCGUUCGAGCCUCUCCUGAAAAGGCUGGCGGAAAGAGGGCACGAGGUUCGAGUCGUGUCGCACUUUCCUCAAAAGGUGAAAAUCCCGAACCUUACCGACGUUGACAUCUCGGCCAGCCUACCUCCAAGGAUCGGCUCGAUGGACCUCGGCGUAGUAGAGAACUUCACCCUAUGGACAAACGCUAAGUAUUUAUGGAAAAACGGCGUCGGUAUCUGCAGGCCGGUAUUCGAGCAUCCCGGGGUUAAGGAGCUUCUGGAUACCAAAGAGCGGUUCGAUCUGACGAUCUUCGAGAUAUUCGGGACCGAUUGCUUCCUGGGGUUUGCAGAAAAAUUCGGAACCCCCUUCGUCGGCGUCACUUCCAGCAUCGCCAUGCCCUGGCUGCCCGACGCUUUGUCCAAUCCUGACAAUCCCAGCUACAUUCCACACUUUUUCAGCCGAUACCCCGGCCACAUGAGCUUCCACGAGAGACUCCUCAACGCGGUUUACCUUCUGGCUUUAAAGAUCGGCUACAGAUUCUACUCGGAUCAGCCGAGCUACGAGAUCGCCAAGUCUUACUUCGGCCCCAAUCUCCCGCCUCUCGACGUCCUUCGGUCCAAGGUCGGUCUGGUUCUCGUAAACGGGCAUCAUUCGGUGACCAGCCCGCGGGCCAUGGCACCUGGAGUGAAGGAAGUCGGCGGUAUACACAUUCCGAGUUCCGGUCCGGCCCGGCUCCCGAGAGAGUUGAAGGAAUAUUUGGACUCGGCGGUGGAAGGUGUCGUGUAUUUCAGCAUAGGUUCCGUUCUGAAUAGCACGACGUUUCCGCCGAAGAAUCUGGCUAUUCUUCGGGAAGCGUUCGGUCAACUCCCGCAUCGCGUGCUAUGGAAAUGCGACGAACGGGAGAUGCCGCAAUUACCGAGAAACGUGAAAUGCUUCGAUUGGGUGCCGCAGCUCUCAGUUCUCUGCCAUCCGAACGUUCGCGUUUUCUUCAGCCACGGAGGGCUCCUCAGCACUCAGGAGGCCGUGUACUGCGGAGUGCCGAUUCUCGGAAUGCCAAUUCAUGGGGACCAAUUUGCCAACGUAGCCCAUAGCGUGGAGCAGGGCUACGCCCUGAUGACGGACUUCUACAAUCCAUCCCACGACAAUAUCUACGGGAACUUGAAGGCAUUGCUGACCGACAACAGGUACACCGAGCACGUCAGGCAAGCCUCGAGGAGAUUUCGCGACCGGCCGCAGGCUCCACUUGAGGAAGCCGUCUUCUGGGUCGAGUAUAUUCUACGUCACGGGCCGAGGGCUCUCAGGACUGCAGCAUCCGAGCUAGCCUGGUAUCAGUAUCUACUCUUGGAUGUUGUUGCCGGCGUAUUAUUUGGCUUGGUGUUCUUUUUCUGGAUUCUUAAUAAACUUUUAUGCGCGAUUUUUCGUCGCCGGAAAUGUCCAGUCGAAGAUAAGAAGAAAAAGAAUUGAAGAAGCUGUUUGUUCGUAAAAAUAAGAAGUGUUUUGAAAUGUUGUGUGUUUACCGUGAUUGCCAAUUGAAAUAAAGGACCGCAGCCUGCCCA